UAAGUGGCAGGAAAAAUAAGUUUACUUAACUUUUAAUUUACGCGGGUGUAUACAAAAAACAUAUUUUUUGCUGAAAACAAAAUGCAAAUAAAUUAUGAGAGUUCCAUAAACAUCUAAUAGGAGACAUGAUUACCAGUAAAACUUAAUAUGAGUACUGAGAAUAAUAAAGAUUGGAUUUUGUGUCGGUCAUAUAGGUUUCCUAAUAAGUGUUAUUAUUUUAAUGUUCACAAUGGUGAAUCUAUAUGGGCCGGUCCAGAGAAGAAGGCAUUACUGAAUACAGACAAGAGUACGCCCGAUUUUAAAGAACCUAAAAUUAACUUAAACAGUGAUGUUAAUACAAAUAAUGUAUUUGAUGAAGUUGAAAAUAAAUUUGAAUUAAACUAUGACAAGUCACAAAAGCAGGACAACCAACAAUCUGAAACAUUCAUAACUAAUAAAAAAUCUCUACUUUUACAUUCUCAAAUACAUACUCCAAUAAAAGAUAACUCAAUAAAACUCUCAAUAAAAGAUAACAAACAAACAAUUCAACUACAAGAUAAAAAAGAAAAAAAGAAAGUACUAAAAAACUGUAAAACCCUAUUCCAACCCGUUUUGGAUGAUGGUCAAGGUCACACUAAUAAUACUUUAAAUGGUAUUAAAUGUGGACAGGAUUCUUUUACAAUGUGUAACAAACCCGUAUACAAUAGACAGAGAAAAGUGAUAUGCGAUCCUCAUAUAAAAUUCCAAUUAUCUCAGGAUAGUAAGAGUGAAGAUAAAGAAUCACUGUCAUUAAUAACAAAUAAAAUUGAAGAUAUAAAUCUACUUGGUUCUUCCAGUGAAAUGCAGACAGGUGAAAAUGAAUGUGACAAUUUCAUCAAGCAACAUGACCAGAAGUGGUUCAUUUUCCGUAAUGAGUCACAAAAUGAAGAGAUUUUCAAAUUUCAACCAUUUGGAAGGAAUUCAAUCUGUAACAAUGUGGAAAAGCCCCUGAGUAAAAACAUGGCAACAAUAAAACAUGAAACAAAAGAUAUUUGUAUUAUUGUGAUAGAUUUAAAUGUGUUGCUUAAUGAUUUUCAAUUUGUUAACGACAAAGUACUGCAAGAUACAAGAUACCGUUUAGUCAUACCUAAUGCAGUUAUAUCAAAGUUAAAGAGUUUAGCUGAAAUGAAACAUAAAAGCCAUCAACUAAUGGUGACAGCACAGGACUUGAUUUGGAAAAUACCAACACAAUCGCGUCACAUAAUACUAGAACCAGAACAACCUACAGCAACACAACAAAUUAUAAAUUGUUGCAAAAAAAUUAAAAACUUGAAUUACAAUAUGAUUUUAUUAACAAAUGAUGCCGACCUUUAUACAAAUGCGAUUGACCAACAUUUCACCUGCUAUAUGAUACAGGAUGUUAAAGAAGGAUUAUGUCCUUCAUUAUUUACUAAGCCUCAUAUACAUAAUCAAGAUAAAGAUAUAAAUAACAAUCUGUUCCUACAAAAACCUGAAGAAAUUGCAUUUAAUUUUUCACAAUUAAUAACCGAUGUUUACGAAAGUUAUCCAUUGUUUGAACAUUUUUAUACAGAAAAGCCGGGUUUAAAAGAGAUUGUGAAUGAAAAAUUUGAAAAAUACAGUUUAACAAAUUGUCAAAUGGCGAGUUUUAUUAUUUUGCGUACUGAAGAUUAUAUGUGCACUUUUACACAAAUUAUGGAGACAUUUAUGUCAGAUUUGUUACUGAAUGAGAGUAUUAACUGUGACUUUUGCUCGAUACCGCAGGCGGUAGACGCAUUAGCGCAAUUAUAUCCUGAUUCCACGACUAUACAAAUAGUCGCAUAUAGAAUGGCGGCUUUGUAUAAUUUAAUUAAUAAAAAAAAUAAACUUGAAACUAAAUACAAGGCAGAUAUUUUAAUAAAGAUGGUAGGCUGUGGAAAAAUUUUGGUGGAAUCUAUAAAGGCUCUCAAACCUAAUUCAGAUAUUUUGUUGGAGACGGAACAUUUGUUAGACAAAUUACUGCAAAGUAUCGAGAAUCCAAACCGUUUUGACAACGAAUUGGAACAAUCGAAAAUAGUAAGAACAUGUAGUUCAUCGUAUGGAGGAUAUGACAUCAAACCUGAAAAUGUUUAUUAUAACGGACAUUAUACUGAUAUAAACGGAAAUGAAGAAUUAUCGAAACAAACAAAUUUUAUAAACAACCGUAUAAUUCGUACAACUGGCAAAAAUUUAAAUUCUUUAAUAAUCUCUAAUAACAACGAAAUCGUGUUAGACGUUGAAAACAAUGUCUCUAGUAAAAGCGAAGAAAAAAAUAAUUUUGACAUAAAAAUAAACUUGAAUAUAGACAAAGAAGACAUCACUAAGCAAGUUUUUGAUUCGUCUGUACACGAAAAUGCUUUCACGGUUAUGGAAAACGCUCCUAAAGUUAUUAGAAAUUUUGAUACGAUUAAAACUUUCGAAGAAAAAAUAGGGAAUAAAUUAGAAAACAUAGAUACAAAAUCUAAUUUGAAUUUAAAAGAUUGUAAUAAUAUUAAAGAUUUGGAUAAAAUAAGCGAAACUUAUACGGAUAUAGCUUAUCAAACAGAAGUAUAUAAUAGUGAAUCUGUUAACGAUAAAUUAACAGAAAAUCUAACAUUAAGUGCCUCCAACGAUAGUGGCUUAGGCAAGGGUUAUUGUGACGCAUAUUUGGUGAUCAAAGAAUUCACUUCCGAAUUGAGUUCCACUUUGAAGAUUGUUUACGAAUUUAUAAAUGACACUAGUCAAGUAUUACGACAAAAAAAAAUCAAACCUGAGAAAAAACGUGAGAUAUUUGACAAAGCUUACAAAACUUAUCAUCGUAUGUCACUUGUUGUUGACAAUUUGAAGAAUAUAUUAAAAAGGGAGAAUGACGGGGAAACGACAGUGGUGACGCUGCUGCAGCGAGCGGGCAGCGACGUCAACGACAAGAUAAUCAACAAAUACAAGGAAAUAGUUACCGCUUAUUUGGAGCAAAUUGAUCUCUUACAGCAAGCUUUAAAAAUUAUUUAUAAUAAUACAAAUAGUAAUUUAAUAUCUAACAAAGAAGUUACAAAUACAUGUUAGCUUAUUUUUAAACGAUCUGCCUUUCAUACUUAGAAUUAAAUAGCCCUUUAGGGCCUGUCCCACCUCUGACUGAUAGAGGCUCAGAUAGCUUAAAAAUGACGUCACUGUCAGAUAAGGGAACAAACUCUGAUAUUUACAUGACGUAUUUUACACGUUGGUCAUCAGACAAAUUUACAAUUUAGUGGGACAGGCCCUUAGUAUUAGAGAGUAUUGGUGACGCAGUGUAAAGUUGAAUUCAAUAGAAUUUGGUGGGACAGGCCCUUAAACAGCCUUUAUAUCUGUAAUCAUAUAAAAUAGACACAGAAUCAUAUUUGUAGCAUGAAAUGCUGAAUUUUUUUAAAAUAAAUCCAUAGGUAAUAAACACCAGACAGUGAAAUAAAUACAAUUUUCUAUUGAACUCGACUGAUAAUUGUUAGAUAUGAUCUCGAUUGAAGACUUGAAAACUAUACCAUUGUUUAUAGUAUAUUUGUCUUAUUUAUAAGUGUUUAACUUUUUUAAAGUUUAAGAAAAUACGUUAAAAAGAUUCAGUUGCUCUAUGUUAUAGCUAUUAGAUGUUACUUGACAUAUUACAAUUUAAUGGUUAAUUUAAGAAAAAUGUGCAAUGCGGCCACAAUAACAUGAUUAUGUGAAGUUCGAAUCAAGUAAAAACUAAAUCGAAUUCACCGUUGACGUUGAAUAGACGUCAAAAAAAGUCUCCCCUUUAUAAGGUUUUUUCACCCCCUGAUACGCGGACGAAAACAGCAAAUAUGCCAAUCUUUUAAUCAGUAAAGUAACUUGCUUAUAGUCAAAUACUUUGUCACGUUAUACCAUUGUACAGUGAACAUUUUGAAAACUUUAUAAAACCAUAUGCAAACUCGGUUUCAAUAAUACGUCAGUAUUCAGAAGCAUAGGGACAUAGAAGUCCGUAAAUAUUUUUAAAAAACGAAGCGUAUAAAAGUUUCUUUUUAACUGUAUACAUUUUAGCAUCUGACCACAGUUCGCAAACACUCGAUAUAGUAAAAUUUGGAUAUUGUUCGGAUAACAUUACAUGCCAUGUGCCUAUCAUGUUAUUGUACACGCUUUUUAUAUAAUUUGUAUAAUCACUUUCAUAAUAAAGAGUUAAAGAUACGAAAUGAUGAUAAACAAAAUCGAUUGUCUAAGGGCCUGUCCCACCACUGGCUGAUAAAGGCUCAGAUAGUUCAAAAACGACGUCACUGUCAGAUAAGGGUACAAAAUCCGUUAUUUCCAUCACAUAUUUUUUUUUUUUUGAUACUUUUUAGAACUUUAGCACAUAUAACAUAUACACUUUGCAUUGCAUUUACAAUUUGGUGGGACACGCCCUAAUAACUUUAGUUAGCAAUUUGAUUGCCUAUUUAAAGUAAUUAUUUAGAUAACUAGACUACUUAGGUGUAAUAAUAGUUAUAAGCUUAAAUAAUAUUUUUGGACAUUUUGUUUGAUUUUUUGAAGUUGACUUAGUAUUUUUCUGACUAAAAUUCGCAGACAUCUUGACUUGUACAGACCAUUUAUAAAAUAAAAUUCUUAAGAAAUUAAUAGUUUUUAACGACAAACAGAAUUAA